GAGCCGCCAGCCGCUAGUGUGGCGACGACUCGAGCCUCCACCAUGACGGCCAUCGCUGUCUCCUCGCGGGGCGUCGUCGGCGUCCUGGCGUGCUGCGCGGCCCUGCUGCUGGCCGCCGUCGACGCCAAGGUGUACGGCCGCUGCGACCUCGCCAAGGCCCUGCGGAGCAAGGGCGUCCCGCUGCAGGACAUCGCGACGUGGGUGUGCAUCGGGGAGCGCCUGUCCUCCAUCGACACCUCCACGGCCACGGACCCGGACGACGACGUGGACGGCACGGUGUACCACGGCGUGUUCCUCAUCAGCGACAAGUGGUGGUGCGACAAGGGCAGCAGGGGCUGCGGCGUCACGUGCGAGCAGAUGAAGCGCACCCUCGAGUCUAACAUCGACUGCGCCAAGAAGGUGUUUACCGAGACCAAGCGACUGAAGAAGAACGGGUUCAUGGCUUGGGAGACCCCCUACAACGACUGCCAGCAGCCCGAGUCCUACGUCCAGGGCUGCGCGGGACUCGAAGAGGACCCCAACGGCGAGGACCUGGACCUCACGGUGUUCCAGCGCUCCGGGCUUCCUAAGGACGCGUAGCCGGCAAUCAGCGGCCGACCAGCCGAACGCAUCGCGGCUCGACAUCGAACUCAUUUGCAUCUCAACACCGACCGACUGAUAGAAAUAAUAACCCUGUUUGUGGCUUCAACGACAGUAAAAGCUCCCGUCGACUAUUUAUUCCAA